AUGGAGGAGCCCCCGAAGAAGCCGAGCCAGCGGCACGAGGGGCGGCCCCGCAAGGUGCGGUUCCGGAUCUCCUCGGCGUACAGCGGGCGGGUGCUGAAGCAGGUCUACGAGGACGGGCAGGAGCUCGAGCCCCCGGCCAAGGAGCACUCGCGGCGCUUCCUGCGCCACAGCUUCGAGCCAGAGGAGCCCCUCUGCGGGCCCGGGGGGCUGCCAGAGCCCAGCUUCCACUGGCCCACGGCGCUGACCGCCCGGAGGAUCAGCAUCCUGCGGGAGGAGCAGCACCACGGGCUCCUCCCUGCCGGCAGCGUGCCCCUGCCCAGCGACUGCCAGCCCGGCGCCAGCCUCUGCAGGACUUCCUCAGUUGUAGAUUUUGGCAAGAUCAUCAUCUACACCAAUAACCUGAAAAUCAUCCGUGCGCCGAUGGACCAGAAAGAGCUCAUGAGGAGAAUCAUCCAGACCGAGGGAAUAAAUGACUGGACGUUCGUGUACCGGGAGAAGAAAGAACGAUUCAGUGGUGCCCAUAAAAGAGACGUGGAGAAUAAGGUCACUUGCACCCAGCACAUGCAGGAGGGCGAUGCUGGACGCGGCUGCUCCCAGUGCAGAGGCUCGGGCUGCGCUCCCUGCGAGCUGUGCCACGGAAGCAAGUUCUCGAUGCUGGCGAACCGAUUCCGGGAGUCGUACCGGGCGCUGCGCUGUCCGGCGUGCGACGAGAGCGGGCUGCAGCCGUGCCGGGUGUGCGCCGCCUGAGCGGCCGGGGGCUGCCGGGGGGCUCCCAGCGGGACAGGCGCUCCGGACACAUCCCGCCGGGGCUGCGCAGCUGCUCCUCCGCUCCGGGCUGCCCUGGGGCCGGGCUGAGCGGGUGAGCGCGCCCCGAGCCCCGCUGCAGGGCAGGCACAGCCCGAGCAGCGCCCGCAGCGGGCGCACCCGCGGGGAUGGGGGUCCCUGGAGCCCGCGCUGGCACCGCCCUGCCCCGGGGGCCUCUGCCCGGCACGGCCCGGGGACCACGGGGAGACACCAGAGGAGAGGGGCACGGCAGCGCCUGCAGGUGUGCGGGCAGUACCUGCCAGGUGUGCGGGCAGUACCAGCGCAGGUGGUACCAGUGCAGGUGUGCAGCUGAUACCAGUGCAGGCAGUACCAGUGCAGGUGAUACCAGUGCAGGUGUGCAGGCAGUACCAGUGCAGGUGGUACCAGUGCAGCUGCAGUCAGUACUGGGACCAGUCUGUACCAGUGCAGGUGUGCAGGUGAUACCAGUGCAGGCAGUACCCGUGCAGGCGGUACCAGCACAGGUGUGUGGGCAGUACCAGUGCAGCUGCAGUCAGUACUGGUAU